AUGUUCGCACGACUAGUUCUGGCUGCAUCAGCCAUCGGUUUCACCAUCGCCUCGCCUGUGGUGGUCGAACGAGCCGCAGCUGCACCGUCGAGUCCUCCCAGCUCGUGGCAACCUGCUCAGUACUCUCCGGACCAAGCACGCCAAUUGAUGCAACAGAAGCUGUCAUGCUGCUCUGGACUAUCUUUCGUUUUCGGCAACAAGAUCUCGUAUCCCAACAGCACGGUCUAUGAUACUUCGGUGGCAUCGUACUGGAGCUUGCAGGAGGCCCAAGUGGAGCCGAACUGUGUCUUCAAGCCGACGACUACCACCGACGUGCAGUUGGCAGUGUUUCUUCUGCAUAUUGGCGGGAAGCUGUUCCCAGGUCAAUGCGAAUUUGCUGUUAGGUCUGGAGGCCACACGCCCUUCUCCGGCGCUGCCAACAUUGAAAAUGGUGUGACCAUUGACCUUCAGAGCUUCAAGCAGCUUAUUGUGGCCGCCGACCGUCAAACUGUGCAGAUUGGAACUGGAAAUAGAUGGGCCGAUGUCUACUCCUCUCUUGAUGCCCAGCAGCUCGCCACAUCCGGUGGUCGUGUGGGCAUCGUAGGUGUCGGUGGUCUGACAACUGGAGGCGGGAUCUCAUUCUUCUCUCCUCGCUAUGGCUUCGUAUGCGACAAUGUGGUCAACUUCCAGGUCAUCUUGGCUUCAGGACUGAUAGUCAACGCCAAUGCCACUUCAUAUCCAGAUCUCUGGCGUGCUCUUCGUGGUGGCUCCAACAACUUCGGUAUUGUGACCACUUUCACCAUGAGGACUUUUGAGCAGGGCAAGUUCUGGGGAGGCUUCAUCGGCUUGACUAUCGACACAAUCCAGCAACAAUUCCAAGCAUUCACAGACUUGCUUUCAUCGCCACAAUAUGACCCAUAUGCCGCGCUCAUCUAUAGUGUCGUGUACAAUGUCACUGGCCGGAACUGGUACGUCGCUAGCAACUUCGAGUACACCAAGCCUCAAGCCUACCCGCCGUUCUUCCAGAACUUCACCUCCCUUCCGCAAACCUUCUCUACCAUGCGUAUCUCGAACCUCACGGACUUCACCCUGGAGUUGGCAGCUUCCAAUCCACUUGGCUUCCGUCAGCUCUUCGCUACUGGAACAUAUGGUGCCUCUGCCCAGCAAAUGGCAGCCAUCUAUCGCAUCGCCAACACCACCGUUCAGCCCAUCAAUGACAUUGCCGGGCUUAAGUGGAGUAUCUCUUUCCAGCCUGAGCCGACGGUCAUCACAUCAAAAGCUGCAGCCAACGGAGGCAACUCGCUUGGCCUCAGCACAUCGGACGGUAAUAUCUUCAACGUCCUUCUCACGGCUACGUGGGACAAUGCGGCAGACGACGCUCGCGUGAACACACAGGCGAAAUCUUUGUUUGCGCAGGCGCAAGCUUCUGCGACCACCCUCGGCAAGACAAACCCAUACCUAUAUCUCAACUAUGCCGCCCCAUGGCAAGACCCCAUUGCCGGCUACGGUGCCGACAACGUGGCUGCGUUGCAGGCCGCGAGCAAGAAGUAUGAUCCGGAUAGUGUGUUCCAGUACCAGGUUCCCGGAGGCUUCAAGCUCUUCAAGUAG